AUGCCAUAUCCAAGUUUAUCACUCUGUCAUUUACCAUCAGCUACUUUUUUCUCUUCGAUUCUUACUCAUUUAUGUAUCAAUGUCAAUACUUUUGAUGAUUGUCUUUAUGUACUUGAUGGUCGACUUAAACAAUUGACAACAUUUAUUGUUACUGUUUAUUCCAUAGACAAAUCUUUAUCAAUUGUUCACAACAUAGAUAAUUUACCUAAUCUAAAAUGUUUCUCAUUAAAAUCUUUUUCUCGAUUUGAACAAUAUGAUAAAAUAGUAUUUCUUCUUCGUCGUAUGUUAUAUCUGGAAAAAUUAACUUUAUAUCUUCCUAUAAAAGGUCGAAAUAAACCUAUCGAUGGUACCUAUAUUCAAAAUGAUAUUCUUGUGUAUAUGCCACAACUUCAUUCAUUCACUUUCUAUAUUUAUACUUAUGUCGAUACCAGUGGUUUAUCCUAUAAAUUAUCUAAUGAACAUAUUCAACAAACAUUAAAAAAUAUCGCUGAAGAAAAUGUGGCUAGUAUCGUCAAUUAUAUUUGUAUGAACAAAGUUGCAUGUUCUAUUUUUUCAAUUCCUUUUGCAUUUGAUUAUCUCGAAGAUCUUGGCAAUAAAUUUCCAAAUCUUGUAUUUAGUUAUGUUACGUAUUUACUUGUACAAGAUAAUGAUGCAUUCAAACAUGAAUUCUUUAUUCGAAUUGCUCGAUCAUUUCCAUUAUUGAAGCAUUUACGUAUUUUUAAUAUCGAAUCACAGCUAUUAUUACAUGAUCUUCUUACAUGUUCAUCCGACAAAAAUCAAUUAUAUUCGAUUGUCAAAUAUCCUCAUCUUACUUCACUUGAUGUGAAAUAUGCUCAUGAAGAUUAUCUUGACCAGUUUUUAAAUGAAACAAAGGCAUAUGUACCUUGCUUAACUCAAUUGGGAGUCAUGGAUAUUCACCUGAAUAUUGUAACAAAGAACUUCACAAGAGAAGAAACACGUCAUAAUUGUGCCAAGAUCAAACAAUUAUUUGUAGUCGGAUCAUUGGUACAUUCAAAUAAUUUCUAUGAUUAUUUUCCUUCAUUUUCAUUUUCAUUAUGA